CACACCCACCACCACCACCUUGGCUGGGCUUGGGGGAAUGAGGGGGGCGGGGCGGCUGUCUACGAGCGGAAGUUCACAGGUGAGUGAGUGAGCGAGCGAGCGAGCUCUCCGCCCAGGGGCUAUAAUGUGGGAGUGAAGCUUGGAGCGGCGGUGACACUGUCCGAUCGUAUAAACAGAAUGGUGACAACCCAACACUGAGAGAUGAAGUUGACUGUAAUUUCCUGUUACUGGACUACAAACAGUUACCCACAGAACUAAAAUCUGAUAAGCUCAGCGCAUCACAGAAUGGAAACUUGAUGCCAGCUCAAAAAGGUUCAACUUCUGCUGCAGCUUCAUGUCUGUACGCCUAUAUGGUUUAUCCGAUGGAAGUAAUCCUAUGAGCUCCCUUCACAUAUCUAUUGGUGGUCUUCCUGUUAUAGCUUCCAUGACAAAAACAAGAGAUUCACGUUUUCACCUGAAAUGGAAGGCUAUACUAGCAGCUGCUAUAGUUCUCAUCAUACUAUACCUGUUAUAUUUUCACAAGAGUUCCCCAAAUAGCCCUCAUCCACGAAAUGUUCACAACUGGCAGAUUGAUAAUUUUCCAAGGGACAGAUACAAUGACACUUACCCUCUUUCGCCCCCACAGAAGACCCUGGAAGGCAUCCGAUACCGUAUUGGGCUGAUUGCUGACCUGGACACUAACUCAAAGAAUGAAAUGAACAGUGACACUUGGUUUAGUUACUUAAAGAAAGGCUACUUGAUAUUAUCAAACAGUGGUGAUAAAGUGACUCUAGAAUGGGACAAAAAUGAGUCCAUUCUCAAAACACAUUUGGCAGAAAAAGGACGUGGCAUGGAAUUGUCAGAACUCAUAGCAUUUAAUGGAAAGCUUUAUACUGUGGAUGAUAGGACAGGAGUGGUAUAUGAUAUUGAUGGCGAUAAGGCAGUCCCUUGGGUAAUUCUAUCAGAUGGAGAUGGAACUGUUGAGAAAGGUUUCAAAGCUGAAUGGUUGGCAGUAAAAGACGAGCACCUUUAUGUGGGUGGACUUGGUAAGGAAUGGACUACCACCACAGGAGAGGUAGUCAAUGAAAAUCCAGAGUGGGUGAAAGUUAUUGGUUACAAAGGUGAUGUAAAUCAUGAAAAUUGGGUGUCUCAUUACAAUGCACUCCGCACGGCUGCUGGAAUCAAAGCCCCAGGAUACCUCAUUCAUGAAUCUGCAGCUUGGAGUGAUCGACUGCAGCGCUGGUUUUUCCUGCCACGGCGAGCAAGCAGUGAGCGCUAUAAUGAGAAGGAUGAUGAGCACAGAGGAACAAACCUCAUUAUUAAAUGUACUCAAGAUUUUAAGGAGAUCUUGGUUGCAUAGAAAACUUGAAAGAACAUAAUGAUUGAAAUUGGUUUACACCAGCAGUGUGAAAUAGGCUUGUCACGAAACAGCAGCCAAUUUUUACUCGCCCAACCUUUCCACUGAAGUCCACCGAACGAUACUUCAAACUCUUUUUGCAGACUCAUUUUCUAGUCUCAUUGCUUUUGCUUUGUUUAAAAUUAUAUUUUAAAAAUCCUCGCAAUGUUUUAGCAUGGAGCCAAGUCAACGGAAAAUAAAAACUCAGUGUAUAAUAGGCUGCCGAUUCACUUGGAGGCUGGUUUAUGCUGCUGAAAUGGACCAGUUUCACCCCCAGAGUGUCUCUGAUUAACUGACCAAAGGUUAAUCAAUGCUUUUAUUGUAUUUAGAUUACGUUAAUAUUUUGUGUAAUUUUAUACUGUGCAUAGAGUGAGUAAGAUGCUCAAACAAACUGCCAGCCCUUCCCCUUUGGUAAACCAUACUCACUUUUUCUUGUCACCUACACACUUGAGAUUUGAUUAACAAUUUCUCUCAAUCCAUUCUUUUACAUACAUUGUCAAAAUAUUAGAAUUGAUUAUUAGGAAAGAACUUGAGGAUUAUAUACUACAACAAUCUAGUAAACAACAAUUCUGAAG